AUGGGGACCAGCCCCAGGUCCUGGACCAUAACUGAUGCAUCUGCCGAAAAACAGGGGGUACCCCGUGGAGGAUCAGCGGACGGGGAGACGGGAGCUGCCGCGGUAGGGGUGAUGACGGGAGCGGCUGACGGAGCCCCAGUAGGACUGCCCGUUGGAGAUGAACAUGUAAUUGCGCAGUCUCCGGAGGCACCAACUCCCGUAGCAGCAAUCCCUGCGCCGUCGUCGAAAGCGAGGGUAAAACCGGAGCCAUCAAAUGUUGUGAUGGAUGCCGUCGCGGUGGCGGCGCAACCAAGAUCAUUAGUUCCGGAUUCAAUGGUGAUAGAGGUCGAAGUGACCAUGGUUGUGCUGCUGGAGGUAAUGCCCCCCGUGCCGCUGCAUGAUGAGACAAACGAGGAAAAUCGCCUUGUGAAUUUGGCUUGA